CCCCGUGACCUUGCAGUUUUUGCCAGUCCUUAUCUCGUCGCUGACUUGCACCUUCUCCUUUUACCUUUUUUCUUCUUUUUUCAAGAUUUCAUUUUGUGGUUUGCUCGCCGCUCUUGCCACCUUGGCUGCUCGGUCUGCGCGCAGCCCUUUCUCUGCACGACCCGGAGCGGAGCUCCCUCUGCCCCCGUGAUUGGAGGAAACCUUCCCUGCCGAGGGAGAGCCGCGUCUGCUUUGACAUUUUUGCUCUUCCAGGGUUUUCCUCCUCGCUAGACUAUGAGCGCCUUGGAAGAAGGAAUCGUGUCUUACUCAUCUUUAUAUCCUCAGUGUCUAGUACAGUUCCUGGUACAUAGUUUAAGCUGAAUUUUGGGACAUGGCCACUGCUUCACCAAGGUCUGAUACUGGUAAUAACCACAGUGGAAGGUUACAGUUACAGGUAACUGUUUCUAGUGCCAAACUAAAAAGAAAAAAGAAUUGGUUUGGAACAGCAAUAUAUACAGAAGUAGUUGUGGAUGGAGAAAUUAAGAAAACAGCAAAAUCCAGUAGUUCUUCUAAUCCAAAAUGGGAUGAACAGCUAACCGUAAAUGUGACCCCACAGACUACGUUAGAGUUUCGAGUUUGGAGCCAUCACACUUUGAAAGCAGACGCUUUAUUAGGAAGAGCAACAAUAGAUUUGAAACAAGCUCUGUUAAUACACAAUAGAAAAUUGGAAAGAGUGAAAGAACAAUUAAAACUUUCCUUGGAAAACAAGAAUGGCAUAGUGCAAACUGGUGAAUUAACAGUUGUGCUUGACGGAUUGGUGAUUGAGCAAGAAAAUCUAACAAACUGCAGAUCGUCUCCAACCAUAGAAAUACAGCAAAAUGGUGAUGCCUUACAUGAAAAUGAAGAGCCUUUGGCGAGUUCAACUACCAGGUUGGCUGUUGAAGGUACUAAUGGAAUAGAUAUUCAUGCACCUGCAAACACUCUAGUCCAGAACUCCUGCUGUUCGUACGUAGUUAAUGGAGACAGCACGCCUUCAUCCCCAUCUCAGGUUGCUGCCAGGCCCAAGAAUACACCAGCUCCAAAACCACUCACCCCUGAGCCUGCCGAUGACACUGGUAAUGUUAACGGAGCAUCAUCCUCAUCUGCACCCGCCGAUGAUGCGUCUGCCCCGGCUCCUGCAGUCGCGUCUGAAGAAGCCAUCCUGUCCUCAUCUUGCACUAGUACUGCUGUUGAAGAUCCUUCGGUCCCAGAGAUACCGACCUCCUCAGAAAACAAUGAAUGUAUUCUUUCUACCAGUGCAGCCUUUGGGUCUGAAGCUAGGAGUACAUCAGACUCUGCCCCCUCUCGUUCUGGGAACGGUUCUGCUUUUGAAGCAGCCAAACUGAGACAGCCAGACGGGUGUGUGGAACCUGUGCGGCAGCAGCCCGGGAGUGCUGGCACGGAAAGCUUGCCAUCAGGGUGGGAACAGAGGAAAGAUCCUCAUGGUAGAACCUAUUACGUGGAUCAUAACACUCGGACGACCACGUGGGAGAGGCCACAGCCUUUACCUCCAGGUUGGGAGAGAAGAGUUGAUGAUCGUGGCAGAGUGUAUUAUGUGGACCACAACACCAGAACGACGACGUGGCAGCGGCCCACCAUGGAGUCGGUGCGGAAUUUCGAGCAGUGGCAGUCCCAGCGCAGCCAGCUGCAGGGCGCCAUGCAGCAGUUCAACCAGCGCUACCUCUACUCGGCUUCAAUGUUAGCUGCAGAAAAUGACCCAUACGGGCCUUUGCCACCAGGCUGGGAAAAAAGAGUAGAUUCAACAGACAGAGUCUACUUCGUGAAUCAUAACACAAAAACAACCCAGUGGGAAGAUCCAAGAACUCAGGGCUUACAGAACGAAGAACCCCUGCCAGAAGGCUGGGAAAUUCGAUAUACUCGGGAAGGCGUUAGGUACUUUGUUGAUCAUAACACGAGGACAACGACAUUCAAGGAUCCUCGCAAUGGGAAGUCAUCCGUAACUAAAGGUGGUCCACAAAUUGCUUAUGAACGCAGCUUUAGGUGGAAGCUUGCUCACUUCCGUUAUUUGUGCCAGUCUAAUGCACUACCCAGUCAUGUGAAGAUCAACGUGUCCCGGCAGACAUUGUUCGAAGAUUCCUUCCAACAGAUUAUGGCAUUAAAACCCUAUGACUUGAGGAGACGAUUAUAUGUGAUAUUUAGAGGAGAAGAAGGACUUGAUUACGGUGGUCUAGCAAGAGAAUGGUUUUUCUUGCUUUCACAUGAAGUUUUGAACCCCAUGUAUUGCUUAUUUGAGUAUGCUGGCAAGAACAACUACUGUCUACAGAUAAAUCCAGCAUCAACCAUUAAUCCGGACCAUCUUUCGUACUUCUGUUUCAUUGGUCGCUUUAUUGCUAUGGCACUUUUUCAUGGAAAGUUUAUUGAUACUGGUUUCUCUCUACCGUUCUACAAGCGCAUGCUGAACAAGAAACUGACUAUUAAGGACUUGGAGUCCAUUGAUACUGAAUUUUACAACUCCCUGAUCUGGAUAAGAGACAACAACAUUGAAGAAUGUGGCUUAGAAAUGUACUUUUCUGUUGACAUGGAGAUUUUGGGAAAGGUUACUUCACACGACCUGAAGUCGGGAGGGUCCAACAUCCUGGUCACUGAGGACAACAAGGACGAGUACAUUGGUCUGAUGACGGAGUGGCGCUUUUCUCGAGGAGUCCAAGAGCAGACCAAAGCUUUCCUGGACGGCUUUAAUGAAGUUGUUCCCCUCCAGUGGCUCCAGUACUUCGAUGAGAAAGAACUGGAGGUGAUGCUGUGUGGCAUGCAGGAGGUCGACCUGGCGGACUGGCAGAGAAACGCCGUGUAUCGACACUAUACAAGAAACAGCAAGCAGAUCAUUUGGUUUUGGCAGUUUGUGAAGGAGACGGACAAUGAGGUCCGGAUGCGCCUGCUGCAGUUUGUCACGGGGACCUGCCGGCUGCCCCUGGGAGGAUUUGCGGAGCUCAUGGGAAGUAAUGGACCUCAAAAGUUUUGCAUUGAAAAAGUUGGCAAAGACACCUGGUUACCAAGAAGCCACACAUGUUUUAACCGCUUGGAUCUGCCACCGUACAAGAGUUAUGAACAACUGAAGGAAAAGCUGCUUUUCGCAAUAGAAGAGACCGAGGGCUUUGGACAAGAGUGAACGUGGCUUCUCGUCCCGGAGGAGCUCUUGCGUGUGAACACCCCAGCCGAGAAAAACUGCACAGAGAGUGUAUAUAAGCUGUUCAUUCUGUACAGUGAAUUUUCCGAACCUCUCACAGUAUAAAUGUUUUCCGUUCUUCCACAGAAAUAUGCAAAACAGUUCAUCCUUUUCUACUUUAUUUAUUGUUCCCUUGAAGUGACUGACCAGGAAGAAGAUCAUCCUUCAAUUUUGAAACCACCCAGAGACUUUGUCCCAAGUACUCAGUGCGCGUCUGUGCGAGCAUAUGAUAGCGACUCUAGUUCUAUAGAGUCCGAGUGCACUGACACGACAGCCGUUCACUCACAGCAGUCCGGAUGUGCGUGGCCUUGUCUGUGCCCGGGGCGGGCGCACACUGCUCCACGCUCCCCCUGCGGAGCGUCUCCUGAGGGGCCUGGCUGUGCGGCUGUUAGGAGGUAGUAAGGGCUCAGGCCAGAUCCUACGUGGAGUCUGUUAAAAACGCUGCUGGCUUUCUGGAGACAGGUGCUUGAACCUGUCGGUUUGUUUUAAAUAAAUACAAUAGUUGAAAAUUUUCCCUUUUUGCUAUAUCACUAAUACGAAGUAAUAAAUGAAACCGUAACUUACAUGAAAGUCGUAUCCUAGGUCCAAUAUUAUUUAGUUUCUUCUAGAGCUUGGAAAGAAUUCAUCGAACAGCAUAGAGGUUUGUUUACAUGUUACUUUGGGAUGCUAGGCAUUUGUGGGACUAAAAAGAAUCAGGCACUUCUGUACUUUUGUUUUUAAGUCUGUGAUGUUCUUUAAUUCAUAAUAAAUUGAUGCAAUUUGAUACUUAGGAACAUAUAAAAAGGUAAUGUGAACUCUUCUGCUUUUGUUUGUGUUCAAAGUUUGUUUUAUAAAACCAGAUGGAUUGAAGAGUUAGGUAAGCAUCUGAACUCUCAAACAGAUGAGUCUAAUGAUUUUCUGUUAGUGUUUGAAUAUCUUCAUUCCUCUUAAAUUCAUGAAAAUUUUAUGUGUCUGAAAUAAGCAUAUAAAAAAUCUGGUCCCCCCCUUUUUUACAUAGAUCAUUAUUUUUGUCCUACGUAAAUAACACUUUUAAAUUGUUUUUCAUUAUCGGGGCAUUUGCUGAAUUACAAAGAUGUAUAACAAAUUGGAAUCUGAUGUGAAUGAUAUUAAUGCUGCUAUACCAAACGGCUUCCUUAUUAAUACAGAAAUUUAAAUUUCCAUUUGUAUCAUUUCAGUAUGCACUGUAAAUUUCAUUAACUUAAAUUUUUUUUAUAACCAUGGAA